UUCAUACAAAAACAAAUUUAAACACACUUUCAUGGCGAAGAAGAAGACUAACCCCAAUAGCCAUAACCAAAGCUUGGAUUGGAUUGCUGCUGUAACUGUACACAAACCUUCCAUGGCGAAGCUCACAGGAGGAAGGUAAUGAAGAACAUGUUCAUUCAUUCAUUUAUUCAUUCCAAAGCUCUGAAUCAAACAAAAACAGUCUAAAAUGUAUAUGAGAACAUUGAUCAAACACUUGGAGUGCAAAACCUCAAGCUUGUUAUUCAAAACCCAAACUCGCUCACUCUCUCAUUCCUUCUUCUCCACUCCACCACCAGCUCAGUCUCAGCAUCAUGACCCAUACUCACUCCUCAAAGAAGACCCCAUUGAUAUAUGUUCAGCCAUGUGGGUCAAAGCCUUCUCUUCUCCACCUGUAAUCACCAUUCCCAACCUCACUGGCUUCCUCUCCAAAUUCGAUCUCUGGGUCUUGGCCUACCAGCGCACGUGCGCUCACGUGACCGGAACAUUCCCUCCUCGGAAUGCCAUCCAUACCCAAAUCCUCCAUUCCCUUCUUUCGCUACGAAACGCCGUCGUUCAUGGUCAAUUCUCGUGGAAUAGGAAGAUUGAUCAGUACGUACGGAACCCUAACGAGAAACCCACUGCGAAAAUCAUGUCAAAACGGAAACUUGGAGCUUUGCUCGAAUCGGACGAGCCUUGUUUUCAAGAUAGGGUUGUUCAGGAGGUUUUGUUGAUGGUUUUGGAGCCUGUUUUCGAAGCACGAUUCUCGAAGAAAUCUCAUGGGUUUCGACCUGGUAGGAAUGCUCAUACUGUAAUCCGUACAAUCAGGAGUAAUUUUGCUGGGUAUCUCUGGUUUUUGAGAGGAGAUUUGAGUGAGAUUUUGUAUGGUUUAGAGAGAGAUGUUGUUAUGGGUUGUUUACAGAAAGUUGUUAAGGAUAAGAAAAUCUUGGGUUUGAUGAAAUCAGCUUUGAAAACUCAUAAUCCAAAUUCAGUAAGAAGAGAUUUUAAUGCAGAUAUUGCUUGGAAGAAGAAGAAGACUAAGAAAGGUUCUACUAAGAAGAAGAUUCUUAAUGAGAAUGAACCUAAACCAGACCCUUAUUGGCUUAGAUCAUUCUUUGAUUUUGCUCCUGAAGAAGCUUCUAAGGUACCUUCUUAUGGUUAUUGUGGAAUUCUUAGUCCUUUACUUGCUAAUAUAUGUCUUAGUGAAUUAGAUUAUAUGAUUGAAGAUAAGAUAGUUGAGUUCUUUAAGCCAUCUAGUGUUGAUUCAAUUUGGAAAGAUUCAAUCUUUGAUGGUUGUCAUAACCCAUCUUGGCCUGAAUUUGUUCCUUCAAGUGGAAAGGAAAAGACUAGAAAAAUGGAUUAUUUAAGAUAUGGGGGUCAUUUCUUGAUUGGGAUUAGAGGUCCUAGAGAAGAUGCAGUUGAUAUUCGUAAGAAGAUAAUUGAGUUUUGUCAAUGGAGAUUUGGGUUGAGAUUAGAUAAUUCAACUUUGGAGAUUGAACACAUUAGUAGAGGAAUUCAGUUCUUGGAUCAUAUCAUAUGCAGGAGGGUGAUUCACCCGACGCUUCGGUACACCUCUAGUGGUGGUAACAUUGUGAGCCAGAAAGGUGUUGGGACAUUGCUCUCUGUUACUGCUAGCUUACAACAAUGUAUACGCCAUUUUAGGAGGCUUCGGUUUGUUAAGGGUGAUAAGGAUCCCGAGCCGUUGCCUUGUACUCCUAUGCUUUACUCGGGUCAAGCUCAUACCAAUGCUCAGAUGAAUAAGUUUCUUGAGACAAUGGCUGAUUGGUAUAGAUAUGCUGAUAAUCGUAAGAAAGUUGUUGGCUUUUGUGCUUAUGUGAUUCGUAGCUCGUUGGCUAAAUUGUAUGCUGCGAGGUACAGAUUGAAAUCUCGAGCUAAAGUUUAUGGAAUAGCUUCUCGUGAUUUGAGUCGUCCGUUGAGGGAGAGCAGCAACAAUGCUGCACCAGAGUACUCUGAUCUUUUGAGGAUGGGACUUGUCGACGCCAUUGAAGGUGUUCAAUUCUCGCAUAUGUCUUUGAUUCCUUCGUGUGAUUACACUCCAUUUCCGAGGAAUUGGGUGCCUGAUCAUGAGAGGGUUUUACAUGAAUAUAUUAAGCUUGAAAACCCCAAAUUCUUUUGUGAGCUGCAUAGAUCAAUUAAGAAACAUGGUUUGAGUUUGCCUCAAGAUGAGAUAGCUGACACAGUAUGGCAUUUUAAAACCCUUGGGGUUAAGAAGCAUCAACGUCGUGUUGAAAACAACGAAACAAGAAAUGAUAAUUCUCAUGAAAUGUCUACUGCACCGUGAACUCGGGAUCGAAUUGGCAGUGUCAUGGAGGCCUGCUAAAGUUGUCAACAUUCAUGUCAAGAGUUCUUGCCUUUGAUAUGGGAGAUCCUCCAUAAUUGUCCUACUGAAUUCAGAAAGUGAUUCUACAUUGGGACGUGAGGCGUUCGAAUGGAAGAAUGUUAGGUUGGAGAGCAUGGAGAAUCAAACUGAUUUCGGGUUAGAAAUGAUUCUUGAGAAAUCAGAAGAGUACAAUGACAUGGGACCAGAAGUGGAGUUUCAUGAUCAGCCAAGAUAUUUCAAAAUCCUCUGGAAAAUGCCGAAAAUCCCAAUGGUUCUCAUGAAAAUUCACUAUGCAAAAUUUUGAGGAAAAAUGGCCAUUGUUAGGCCUUGCAUCAUCAAUAGAUUGAUACAGAUAAAAGAUUUCUAUACCAAAAAGGUUCAUAAUUUUCUUCAAGGGUCUGCUUUUUAUUGCAGCCAUUAUUAUAUUAUUUCAAAAGUUAGUGUUUUUUGGACCUGAAACUAUUUUGUGUACUAAGGUUCAAAACUCAUCUUUGUAAAAUAACUAAAAUAACCAUCUUUCUUAAUGUGCCCCAACAUUAUUUGAGUUGCAACUCAUUUGAAAAUUGAAA